AUGACUAGCCACGAAGGACCUUCAACUGCCUUCUGGAACGUAAAUCUCCUACCAUCACAACACACAACAGAAUGCCCACCCUACCUCCAAUACGCCUUCACCGACCUCAAAGACCAAGCCAUUCUCAGCACACCCGACUCUUAUUACCACCGCCACUCCUGGUCCCAAGUCACGGAUCUCAUAACCCGUAACCGUCUAGACCUACUCCAACGCGUCCCCAGCGAUCUCCGCCGCUAUCGAGAAUACUGCUUCAAGAUCGUAAAAGAACAUGGUAGCAUCAUGUCCUUCAUCCUAAUCCACCGCCUCCACUGGACGGACCUCAAACCGUUAAGCGAAUCACCCUUCCAGAAUCCAGCGGAUUACAAGAUCCUGCAGAACGACUGGCCGUACGGCAUAGAUCUCCGAAUCACGCACUUAAUCAUCUGGACCAAAUCCUCCUUUCCCGAGGAUCCGAGGACGGAGGAUUUGACGGAUGAGGCGAGGAGCGAGAUCGAUGCUUUUGUGAGCGAGGUUUUUAUGGAGAGGGGGGGUUGUGAGAGGGAGAAGGUGAGGUGGUUUCGGAAUUGGAAUGGGUUGAAGAGUGUGCAUGCUAUUGAGCAUUUUCACGUUUUACUUUUCGAGGCGGGGGAGGGGUUUGUGAGGGGUCUGACGGGGGGGGAUGUUGCGUUGGGGAGGAAGACGGGUGUAGUGUAG